AUGUCUAAACAGAAAACUUCACAAAUUGACGGACCAACGCCUAAAAAUAGUUUUGGAUUUAGAAUUACACAACAAAAUUUACAGACAGCUAAAGCUCUUCAUCAGCAUCAGUAUCUAACAGUAAUGAGUAUAGAAAUCCAUGCAGAAACCAGAGGUGAACUUUCACCCAACCCAGAAAUGGACCCCAUCCAGGUCAUCUUUUAUUCUGUUUAUAAUGACGUCCCUGAGUCAGAAGGUCCACAAAUAACUACUGGUGCUAUCAUAGUUGACAAAACAUCAUCCACUCCAGGUUCUAGUCAAGAGAAGAUAACUCCACACAAGCCAACCCUACUGGAGAAAUCUGGUAUUGAUAACCUAGUAAUAUCUUAUGUAUCAGAUGAACAGGAAUUGUUAGAUGAAUUCAUUCAACUAGUCCAUAGAUGGGAUCCAGAUGUAAUGGUAGGAUUUGAGAUACAGAUGUUAUCAUUGGGAUAUAUUUUACAACGAGCUGCUCAUCUCAGUUUAAAUAUCUGUCCUAGUCUCUCUAGAUUACCUGGCACAAAGGAUGGUAAUAGAUUUAGUGCUGAGAAAGAUCCAUGGGGAGCAGAUUAUAAUACAGAGAUACAUAUAGCUGGUAGAAUAGUUCUUAAUCUAUGGAGAGUUCUUAAACAUGAGAUAACUCUGAAUAUCUAUGAUUUUGAGAAUGUAGCCUACCACGUACUACAUAGACGUAUUCCACUGUAUUCCUUUAAAUCAUUGAGUUCUUGGUUUAAUCAUAGAACUCAUCUAUAUAGAUGGCGUGUAAUAGACCACUAUAUAACACGUGUUAAAGGUUUACUACAGAUUAUAGAUCAGCUGGAUAUUAUUGGUAAAACUAGUGAGUUUGCUAGAGUAUUUGGUAUUGAAUUCUACGAUGUUUUAUCACGAGGCUCUCAGUAUCGAGUGGAAUCUAUGAUGUUACGUCUGGCAAAACCCAUGAACUAUAUCCCAGUAUCCCCCAGUGUUCAUCAACGAGCCAGAAUGAGGGCACCAGAAUGUAUCCAAUUAACUCUAGAACCUGACUCGAAAUUCUACACCAAUCCUGUAGUAGUCUUAGACUUCCAGUCUUUAUAUCCCUCUAUAAUGAUAGCAUACAACUACUGUUUCUCUACUUGUAUGGGUAGACUUGAUUUACUAGCCAAAGCACAUGAAGGACAAUAUGAAUUUGGUUGUACCUCAUUACGACAGUCUCCCUCAGUUAUUAGGAAACUAGAAGAUGAUAUAACUAUAUCACCUAAUGGUUGUUGUUUUGUAAAUCAAGAUGUUAGAAAGGGAAUAAUAUCCAAAAUGGUAGAGGAGAUAUUAAAUACAAGAAUUAUGGUGAAGAAAGCAAUGAAAAGUUAUAAAGAUGAUAAGGCCCUGUAUAGAAUGUUAAAUGCCAGACAACUUGGUUUAAAGUUGAUAGCUAAUGUUACCUAUGGUUAUACUGGAGCCAAUUUCUCCGGUAGAAUGCCUUGUAUUGAGGUAGGAGACAGUAUAGUACGUAAAGCAAGAGAAUCAUUAGAAAGAUCUAUUAAGCUAGUAGAAGAAACACCAAGAUGGGGAGCUAGAGUUGUUUAUGGUGAUACUGACAGUUUAUUCAUAGAAAUGAAGGGUAAAAGUAAAGAUGAAGCGUUUGUUAUUGGACAAGAAAUAGCUGAUACAAUCUCUAACAUGUUCCCUAAACCAAUGAAACUAAAAUUUGAAAAGGUAGUAUACCUACCAUGUGUUUUACAAACUAAGAAACGUUAUGUAGGGUUUAUGUAUGAGACCAGAGAUCAGAAAGAACCAGUGUUUGAUGCUAAAGGUAUAGAAACUGUCAGAAGAGAUAACUGUGGGGCAGUAUCUAAGAUUCUAGAGAGAUGUAUUAAGAUAUUAUUUACUAGUAAAGAUAUAUCUCAAGUUAAACAGUUUGUUAUAAGACAAUGUCAGAAAUUAUUAGAGGGUAAAGUUAGUCUACAGGAUUGUGUAUUUGCUAAAGAAUAUCGUGGAAUGGCAGGCUAUAAACCUGGUGCCUGUGUUCCUGCUUUACAAAUAGCUAGAAAAAGAUUGAAAUUUGACCCAAGAUCUGAACCUAGAACAGGAGAAAGAGUACCAUAUAUUAUAGUUUACGGUACUCCAGGAUUACCGUUGAUACAGCUAGUUCGAGAGCCACGAGAUAUGAUAAAAGACCCUACAUUGCGACUCAAUGGUACUUACUACAUCACCAAACAAAUAUUACCUCCCUUGAAUAGACUCUUCUCUUUACUGGGAGUUGAUGUCUUCAUGUGGUAUAAUGAAAUGCCCAAGGUAAUCAGAAUAGUGCCACAAUCUGUUACUGGAGCGGAGUCUAAAAAGGGUACAAUAUCUCAAUAUUUUGCUACUUCUAACUGUCCUGUCUGUGAUGAACAAACUAAACAAGCUAUCUGUAAGAAAUGUAUGAACGACCCUCAAACAACUACAGUAGUAUUAUCAUCUAGAAUACAACACUGGGAACAGAUCUACUCUAAACUAACUCAGGUUUGUUAUACGUGUAUGGGAUGUCAAGACAAUAAACAACCGUGUAUCUCUCUAGAUUGUCCUAUAUUAUUCCGUCGUCUACAAGCUAGUCAAGAUAAUCUACGUGGAGAUAAACUUCGACAAGACAUGACUAAAAUGUUGGAUUUUUAA